GAACGCGAGCCGAGGGUGACGUUUAGGUCAAUGCCUGAGCGCUGCGCGUACGGAGUUACGUUACCGCCGGAGUACCGCUGGUUACCGAAGAGAAACCCGGCGCCGUGCUACGGAGUCGAGUCGAGACCAGCAAACAUGGUCACCCGGAGGCCCGAGCCCGGACGAGGUCGGCCUCGAGUGACUGUGUAGGGCAGACGGUGCGGUAUCGACAGCUGAAUGCUAGGCCUAAACAGCACUGCCGUCUGCCGAAGAACCGUGAUGUAGAAGUCACAAGGAACUUUUGAUCUUCCCAAGCUUGCGUUAUAAUGAGUGGACGGCCGAGGACGACUUCCUUUGCUGAAGGGAACAAGCAGCCUCAACAGCCGAAUUUUCUCGCUGGAGUGAAAAUAACCAAUUCGGAUCUGGAUCUGGCUACCAAUAUCAUAAACGAGCUCGACCUGGUACCCGGCAAGGACGGCGCCAAGGUGACCACGGUGCUGGCCACCCCGGGCCAGGGGCCGGACCGGCCGCAGGAGGUGUCUUACUGCGACACCAAGGUGAUCGGCAAUGGCUCCUUCGGGGUGGUGUACCAGGCGCGGCUGCUCGACUCGGGCCAGCUGGUGGCCAUUAAGAAGGUGCUGCAGGACAAGCGCUUCAAGAAUCGCGAGCUGCAGAUCAUGCGCCGCUUGGACCACUGUAAUAUAGUGAAGCUCAAGUACUUCUUCUACUCGAGCGGCGACAAGAAAGACGAGGUGUACCUGAACCUGGUGCUCGAGUACAUCCCCGAGACUGUGUACCGGGUGGCACGCCACUACAGCAAGUCCAAGCAGACCAUCCCGAUCUCCUUCAUCAAGCUCUACAUGUACCAGCUGUUUAGAAGCCUGGCGUACAUCCACUCUCUGGGCAUUUGCCAUCGGGACAUCAAACCGCAGAACCUGCUGCUAGAUCCCGAGACGGGAGUCCUCAAGCUGUGCGACUUUGGCAGCGCCAAGCUGCUAAUCAAGGGUGAGCCCAACGUGUCGUACAUCUGCUCGCGCUACUACCGGGCCCCAGAACUGAUCUUUGGUGCGACAGACUACACGACCAUGAUUGACGUGUGGUCGGCGGGUUGUGUGCUGGCCGAGCUGCUGCUAGGCCAGCCCAUCUUUCCCGGGGACAGCGGUGUCGACCAGCUGGUGGAGAUCAUCAAGGUGUUGGGCACACCCUCCAAGGAGCAGAUCCGCGAGAUGAACCGCAACUACACGGAGUUCAAGUUUCCCCAGAUCAAGGCACACCCGUGGCACAAGGUGUUCCGGGCACGGACACCCGGCGAUGCCAUUGAGCUGGUCUCCCGGCUGCUUGAGUACACACCCAGUGCACGCAUCGGCCCCCUGCAGGCCUGCGCGCACAGCUUCUUCAACGAGCUACGGGAACCGGGCACCAGGCUGCCCAAUGGGCGUGAGCUGCCUCCCCUCUUUGACUUCACACCCCAUGAGCUCUCUCUGGAGCCCCAGCUGAAUGCCACGCUGAUCCCAGCGUACCUGCGAGGUGGUGAGGCUGCUCCCACAGCAGGGGCGGCAGGGUCAUCGUCCGAGCCUGCCGAAGCAUCCACCUCCAACAGUGGCCCCGUGUAAAUAAAGUGUGUGUGUACAUAGGCGUGUACAUACCCUGCGGGAGGAGGGCCCCCCACACCCGCUAUUUAUUGUGUGGCAUUAGAGUUUUAGACGUGUAGCGCCAGAAAUAAACGUUUCCCAUCUGCC